AGGUUAUCGGAGUCGAGAUGCAUUCGAUUUCUAGUUACUCUUCUUACUCGUAUUCCGACGUCGACUCGGAAGAGUUGUCGUGGAUUAGUCAUUUCUGUAAUAAAGAUGAGAAUUGCUACAUGUGCGAAGUCGACGAAGAGUGGAUUCGCGACUCUUUCAACCUUUACGGGUUGGACAACGAGUGCCCCCACUACAAGCAGGCUCUCAAUCGCAUUUUGGACUCUGAUAUGAGCAGCUCCGACUCGAGCAGCGAGGAGGAGGUGAACGCCAAUGAGAUUGAGGAAGCCGCUAUCUUCCUCUACGGACUCAUCCAUGCUCGUUAUAUCUUGACUCUUGAUGGUCUGGAAGAGAUGAUGGAGAAGUACGUCAACUGCCAUUUCGGAUGCUGCUCCCGCGUUUACUGUAACAACCAAAAUCUCCUCCCUGUGGGGCUGAGCGACAAGCCAAACGUGGACAGUGUGAAGUUGUUCUGCCCGUGCUGCAAGGAAGUAUACAAUCCGCCUUCUCUGUUUGCCGAUAUCGAUGGAGCGUUCUUUGGAACCACGUUCCCGCAUAUGUUCUUGCUGCAGUAUCCAAACUUCCUCUCGUCGCCCUCGCAGAAGUACCAGCCUACCAUCUUCGGUUUCCAAAUCCACGAGUCGAGUCCGUACUACGUGAGACCCGAGAAGAAGAAGAAGAAGGACUCUAAAAAGGACCGUGAUCCGACGAUUCGAUCUGUAUAA